GUUCUGUUUAAAUAUUGUCGACUUGUUAUACCUGUGUUUUAUUUUAAUAGUGAAUUACAAAUUAACAGUUAAAAUGAUUGAUGACGAGGAUAUUAAUUUCAUUAAAGUAUUUCUGAUUAUAAUGAAGGGUGGAACAUUUGUAUGUCGAAAACUUGUUCUAGCUUUAGUUGCUAAAUCUGGAAAAUCUUUAGAGGAUAUUUUACAAGGAAACCGUCAGGUUUUUACUGACAAGUUUUUGCAUGGACAUUUGACAGAUAAAAAUAUUAAAAAGUUGUUUCCUAUAGACAAUAAAAAUAUAGACAUCAAUCAGUGGGAUAUUUCAUUACUUACUUUCUUUUUAUUAAAUGUGUUUAGUGAAUUGUUUCAAUCCCAGGAAAUAGCAGCGAUUAACGUGAUACGAGUUGAGAGAAACAAUGUCGUAGUACAUAGUUCUUAUUCAAAAAUAACAAAUGAUGAGUUUGAGAGUAUUUGGCCUCAUGUUACAAAGGCCAUGGGACAGUUGUCUAGACUGCUAACACGUAGUGAUCAAAUUGAAUACAACAAAAUAGAGGUCAGAAUACGGGAUCAGCCUUUCCAGACAGAUAUCAUCAAACUACUAGAGGAGAUUGAGUUAACAGAUACAUUAACUGAACGUCUAGUAAACUGUAUCGUGCCAAUGUUUAUUCAAAACAUAAUAAUAGAACAUGACAAUAACCGUAGAAGAAAUGAAGUAAUAAUCCAGCUAUUGGAACAGAUUGGAGACAUGAUUAAGGGAAGGCUAUUAGCUGAUGAAAGAAAUCUACAAGAUAUGUACGAAAAACAGAUAGCUCCCCUACUGAAAAUGCAAGUCAAUACAAAAAGUGGAAUGAGCAGAGGUCAAGUGCAAGAACUUACAGACCUGUUUCAAGGAAUGGGAAAGAAAGGAAAUGAGGAAAUACCCCAGCUAUUGGAACAGAUUGACAUAAUUAAGGGAAGGUUAUUAGCUGAUGAAAAAAAUCAACAGGAUAUGAACGUAAAUCAGAUAGUUCUCCUACUGCAAAUGCAAGUCAAUACAAAAAGUGGAAAAAGCAGAAGUCAAGUGCAAGAACUUAAACUUGAAGCGUCUAACAAUGUUAUAUCAAAUGGUCCCGAUGUGGACAGUUCUAAUGAUGAAGUUGUAUCAACUAUUACAGACCAGUUUCACGGACUGGGAAAGAAAGAUAAGGAGUUCGGUGAUGUUGCAGUUGAUCAAACACUUGAAUGCAGCGAGGCAGUUGUAGUAAGGAAUAAGGUGUUUGGAAGUGGCAAAUCUACAAACACGCUUCAUAAGGUAUCAGAUGCCCGUUUGCUCACAGAUGGAGAAAAAGUGGAACUUCAUGCAGGGAUUGAUAUAGAAAAUGCUAAGCUCUUAGAAGACUAUCAGACGAAAGAAAUAACAAGUGUUCAAACAGAAAAGGAAAUGAAUCAAUACUUGAUAAUAAACUACCAAAAUGAUGAAGAAAGUAAGAAAAUAGAUGAUGCAGGAGAAGGACUAAGUGACGCAAUAGAAAGACAGACGAAUAAAAAAGACAAAAAAGAGCAUGAGAAAGUGGAAGCGGAAGAACAGAAAAGGCAAAAGGUUGAAACACUGAAAAAAGAAGAAGACAGAAGUCAGAAAAUAAAACAACAAAAGGAACACACAACAAGGGAAAAAGAAAAAAGAAAAUGGCAAGAAGAGGAACGACAGGAAAUGCUGGAAGUAUCGUUAGAAGGACGGAAACAAAGGGCUAAGCUCUUAGAAGACUAUCAGACGAAAGAAAUAACAAGUGUUCAAACAGAAAAGGAAAUGAAUCAAUACUUGAUAAUAAACUACCAAAAUGAUGAAGAAAGUAAGAAAAUAGAUGAUGCAGGAGAAGGACUAAGUGACGCAAUAGAAAGACAGACGAAUAAAAAAGACAAAAAAGAGCAUGAGAAAGUGGGAGCGGAAGAACAGAAAAGGCAAAAGGUUGAAACACUGAAAAGAGAAGAAGAAGACAGAAGUCAGAAAAUAAAACGACAAAGGGAACACACAACAAGGGAAGAAGAAAAAAGAAAAUGGAAAGAAGAGGAACGACAGGAAAUGCUGAAAGUAUCGUUAGAAGGACGGAAACAAAGGGCUGUAUGUAUUUCUGCAACAGCUGGAGGUGCUGUAGGUGCUGCAAUGGGUGCGCCUCUAGGGCCACUUGGUGUGGUCGUCGGUGGAAUAAUUGGGGCUCUAGUAGCACCGUAUAUUGGUCGAAAUGUCAACAGUAAGUAGUUCUAAAUAAAAAAUGUUCUUCCUCUUU